CAACAUGGCAGCACAUGGUAUGGCUCAAUUGGCAGGUCACAUGAUUUAACAGUUCUCAAGCCUUGGCCAUGCCUUUUCGUCACCAGGAAGAACCUCCCAACCAGCAUGGCAGGGGCGCUCCAGUUGCUGAAAAGUCAGCCCACCUUUUUCCUGUCCUGGCAACUGAAGGACACCCGAGGGACCAGGACGUCAGCGUCACCGUAGCCGCCCGCCGCCAUCACCAUCAUCGACACUAACCUCAACAUCGUCUAUGGAAGUCGCAUGGCGAACACAGCCCAAUGAGCCAGAACCCAGAAUCCUCCCGGGGGUCACUGUCGGCAUGGAGAUCAGGAUCACAGACCGGCCACUGACACAGCCAAUUACAAACCAGGUCUUGCAGAAGGAUGGCAUUGGAGAGGAACAUCAAACAGUGGCUGAAUGGUCAGGUCACACUGGAGAGAGGUUUCACUUCUUUAACUUGUCGUCUUUUGGCCGAGAGGAGAGAAUGAUCAAAGCGGAGUUCCGUUGGUUCAGAAAGAAACAGAAGUUUUACCUCGGAAAGUCAUAUGGGCCUCAUUUCUAUAAGGUGGAUCUGUAUGAGGUGCUGGACAGCCGAGUGAAGCCAUGGAGAGGAAACCUCAUCACCUCCAGACUGGUGCCCCUUUACACACAUGGAUGGGAAGUCUUCAAUGUCACUCAAAUGGUGUCAAAGUGGAUCCGCAACAGCCAGGAGAAUAACGGCAUCCUUGUGGUGACCACAUUUCCUUCCGGAAACUGGAUGGAAUCAGUGGUGUCUUCAUCUAAGCGGCAUGGGGAGCCGACAGACACAAACGCCUACCUGGUCAUAUUCUCAGAUGACUUGAGGACAGGAGCAUCGAACCAGUCCUACCUGGGACAAGCCCAACAUGCUGCCGCAGCACCCGAGCUCCACGAUCACCGCAACAGGAGACGACGUGCGUCUCCAGGUUUCCUCCCCCACGGCCGCGCCCAGUCCUGCCAGAGGGUUCCCCUCUUCGUCGACUUUGAGGAGAUCGGCUGGUCCGGCUGGAUCAUCUCUCCCCGCGGGUACAACGCCUACCACUGCAAAGGCUCCUGCCCGUUCCCGCUAGGGGAAAGCCUCCGAGCGACCAACCACGCCACGGUGCGCUCCAUCAUGCAUGCGCUCAAGCUCUCCAGUGAUGAAGUGGGCGCGCCGUGCUGUGUUCCCGACAGACUCCAGUCCAUCAGUUUGUUAUACUUUGACGAUGAGGAGAACGUGGUUUUGAAGCAGUAUGACGACAUGGUGGCAUUAAGCUGCGGCUGUCACUGACUGCCUGUGCAUCUCCUGCACUCUUUAACACUGGGACAAUGAUGGAUGGGGGAGAUAUGAUGAUUUGCUUGACUUGAUUAAAACAGUGUA